AUGGCCACAACAGAUGGUGUGGUUGAUAUUGUUUUUAGAGUGGGGGGUGUUUUUGUUCCCAAGAGAGUGCACAAAAAAAAGAGUUUAAUUGUCUACUGUGGUGGGUUAUGUUAUUGGAGGAGGGGUGUGAAAGUUAAUAAGCUUGAUGUGUCUUACAUUAGGGAAGCUGCAAUUCAUGGUUUUGUCAACUUUAGUGUCAAUGUGCCUACUCUUUACAGCUGUUGGUAUAGGGAAAAUGGAAAAACCUUCAAUACUGGGAAAAGGGAAAUAGUCAAUGAAGAUGAGAUUAGGGGACUUUUACAAACAGUUAAUGGGCAAGGCUAUGUUGAAGUGUUUGUGUCUUCAGAUGAAUCAGUGAGGCCCAAUAUUGUUGAGGCCCAACACACUCCAAAGAAGGCUGUAGUACCAAAGGGGAAGAGUGCAUUGGGGGUGAUUCUUGAGGAGGUUGACAAGAAACUAAGAAAGGGUUUACAGAAAGAAGGUGGGGGCCUUAGUGAGAACUUGGAUGUUGCUGAGGUUCAGAUUGAAGUAGAAGAUGAAGGAGAUUCUGAUGAGUUAAGAAGUUUAGGUGGUUCAUCUGAUGAAGAGGACCACAGCCCUGUAUUUAAUGAUAAGGUUGACUUCACCAAGACUGUAAAACUGGUUCCAAACUUGAAGUUCAAGGAUGCUACUGUGUUGAGGAAAGCUUUAAGAUUGCAUGCCAUUGAAAACAGGUAUGAAUUCUACUUCUUACAUAAUGACAGCACUAGGAUCACUAUUCAAUGUAGGAAUAGAUGUGGCUGUCAGUUUAGUGCAAAGACAAGUAGGAUGCCCCUUUGUACAUGUGUAGGUGGAGUUAGGUGCAAUUUCAAGGUGUAUGCUAGGAAUAUGCUUAGGCAAGAAACUUGGCAAAUUAGAAGUCUGAGAUUAGAGCAUAACUGUAUGAGGAGAAAGGACAACUGUAAGGUGACUUCAGAGUGGAUUGCAGACAUGUAUCUUGAGGACUUUAGGAGUAAUCCUGGAUGGAAGGUUAAGCAGUUAAGGGAUAGGGUUCUCAAUGAUUUUGGAAUUCAGGUCAGUUAUUAUAGAGCUUGGAUGGCAAGGUGUAGAGCUAAGCUCAUAAUAUAUGGUUCAGCAAGUGAACAAUAUGCUAGGGUGUGGGAUUAUGCUAGGGCUGUGAUAAAGCAUAAUCCUGGGUCAGGUUGUAAUGUGGUGGUUGAUUCUCUUAGUAAUCCACAGCCCCCUUUGUUUAUGAGGAUGUUUGUUUUCCUCAGGCCAUUAAAGGAUGGAUUUUUAAGAGGCUGUAGGCCUAUAAUUGGGGUGGAUGGGUGCCACCUCAAGGGUGCAUACCCAGGGCAAAUUCUGGUGGUUGUUUCUAAGGAUGGGAACAAUUCCAUUUAUCCUUUAGCUUGGGCUACUGUGGAAAUAGAGAACAGAGAAACAUGGCAAUGGUUCUUAGAGUCAUUGAUUGAGCUACUAGGAAGUGAUGAUGGAGCUGGAUUCACCUUCAUGUCAGAUAGACAGAAGGGAUUGGUUGAAGCUUUGAAUGCAGUUGUCCCUGCAGCUGAGACAAGAUUCUGUGUCAGACACAUCUGGGCUAAUUUCAAGCUCAGAUUCACUGGUUCUGUAUACAAAGACUUAUUCUGGAGUGCUGCUAGAUCAACCACCCAUUUUGGGUAUGAGGUUGCUAUGGAGUCCAUAAAGGCACUGAAUGAAGAAGCCUAUGAAUACUUGGACAGUAUUCCCACACAACAUUGGUGUAGGCAUGCCUUCACACCCCUCUGCAGGUCAAACAUGUUGCUUAACAACAUGUGUGAGACCUUUAAUGCAGUCAUUAAAGAUGCUAGAGACAAACCAAUCCUCACCCAAAUGGAAUGGAUGAGGAGGUACAUGAUGAAUAGGAAUAAUGAGAAAUGGGAAGAUGCUAAGAUCAUUACUAGCAACUUGACCCCAUAUGUGAGAAAAAUAUUUCAAAGAAUGGAGUUUGUUUCUAGGAACUGUAUUGUUCAAGCAUCCAGGGGUGACACUUAUGAAGUGAAGCUGAAUGAUGAUCAAGUUGUGGUGGAUUUGGGUGAGGGAACUUGCACUUGUUACCACUGGCAGCUUACUGGUUAUCCUUGUGUUCAUGCUUAUGCAUGUGUGAUGGACCAGAGAUCUGAUAUUGAGCAGUUUGUGCACCCAUACUACAGCAUGAACACCUACAGGAAGGCUUAUGAACCCCCUAUUCAGCCAAUGCCAGGUCCUAAGCAGUGGGACAGGGUGAAUGUCAGAGAACCACUUCCACCAGCUGUUAAGAUACAACCAGGAAGACCUAAACUGAAAAAAAGGAAGUUGGAGUAG